AUGACUGAUAAACAACAGGAACAAGCACCAAUAAAUCCAGAGGAAGAAGAGAAUUUCGAAGCUGAGGAGGAGAAUGGUCCAGAAAUUGUGAUUCAACAAGGUGAAGACGGUGAAGAAGAAGAUAUGUUUGGCGAGGAAGAAGAUAUCAAUGUCGAAGAUCAGUCAGUCAAGUCCUAUUUCGAACACAAAGAUCCUGUCUACUGCACUGCUUUUGCACAAAAGAAAUUAUCAAAUGGUUGCAUCGCUUUUGCUUCAGGCGGCGGAGAUGACACAGCAGUUUUAUACCACAUCAAAGUUACACCGGAAGGCAUACAAGAUGCUGCUAAAUUCGUUCUUAAAGGACACGUUGAUAGCGUUUCUUGCCUUUCUUUCUCAGCCGAUGGUUCAAUUCUUGCCACGGCUGAUGUCAGCGGUCUGGUUAAGACAUGGGAUACAUUGACAGGAAAGCUUCUCGCUGACUGCAUUGGCCCAACAAAGGAAAUUCGCUGGUUGAACUUCCAUCCAUCACUUCCAGCUUGUUUGGCAGGUGACGAAGAUGGUAUGGCAUGGUUCUGGAACGCUAAGACAGGAAAAUGCGCUAAAGUUUACGUCGGCCAUUCAGAUGUCAACUCCUGUGGUUCAUUCCGUGCAGAUGGCUCUGAAAUAUGGACUGCCAGUUACGAUGGAUCACUCCGCGUUUGGUCUCCACGUACAGGACAGACUACAGCCAAACUUGAAGGAAUUCAGUUCCACCAAGACCAAAUUACAACAGGACAGUCAUCUCCAACAGGUAUUCUCGUUGCUACAGGUGACGCAAGCGGAGUUGUUUACGUUUCUCGUUUUGAUGAUGUUAAAAUUUUAGGAAAAAUCGAUACAGGCGCAAAUGAAAUCUUAGGAAUUAGAUUCUCACCAGAUUGCGCAUGGAUUGCCAUCGCUUCAUUCGGCGGAAACCUCAUUAUUUGCGAUUCAAACGAAUUCAAGAUUCGUCACGUUUUAGAACACCCAGAUUGUGUCAUCUGUUUAAGAUGGCACCCAACAAAACCAUACGUAAUUACAGGCUGCGGCGACGGAUCAGUCAGAGUUUGGGAUAUCAGAAAUGCAUCACUUAUCAGAGAAUUUACAGGCAACAAACGUGAUGUACAUGCUCUUGAUGUCCACCUUGUUGAUCCUGCUAAGUCAGACCUUCUUAUCCUUACAUCUUCUGAGGAUAAGUCUGUUCGUUUGUUUUCAUUUGUUGAAUAA